AACCAAUAUUACUUGCAUACACUUGCCAAAGAAAAUAAAUACUAUACUCAAAGUAAGUAAUUAUAAAAAAAAAAAAAAAAACAAAUAUGGCAAAUGAAGAGAAUAUCCAAUGCUCGAAAAAAGCUGCGAUUCUUGCCCUCGGCAAAGCGUUCCCUCACCAACUCGUCAUGCAAGAAUUUCUCGUCGAUGGAUACCUCAGAAAUACCAACUGCGACGAUCCCGAUCUCAAGCAGAAGCUCACUCGACUUUGCAAGGCAACCACGGUGAAAACUCGAUACGUAGUGAUGUCGGAAGAAAUUUUAAACAAGUACCCGGAACUAGCGGCCGAAGGUGUCCCGACACUAAACCAACGUCUCGAAAUCUGCAAUUCGGCGGUCACAAAAAUGGCCAUCGAAGCGUCGCGAUCCUGCAUCGAGAAAUGGGGCCGGCCCGUUUCCGACAUAACGCACGUGGUGUACGUCUCGUCCAGCGAGGCCCGUCUGCCGGGCGGCGACCUCUACCUCGCCAGAGGAUUGGGCCUCCGGCCCGACACCCGCCGGGUCAUGCUCUACUUCUCGGGCUGCUCCGGCGGGGUGGCGGGCCUCAGAGUGGCUAAAGACAUAGCCGAGAACAACCCUAACAGUAGGGUGCUUCUAGCAACUUCCGAAACCACGAUCAUCGGAUUCAAACCGCCGAGCGCUGACAGGCCGUACGACUUGGUUGGUGUGGCCUUGUUCGGCGACGGGGCGGGCGCAAUGAUAAUCGGGUCAGGCCCCGUUUCGGAAAUCGAAAAGCCGCUUUUCGAGCUGCACACUGCUAUACAGCAUUUUUUGCCCGAUACGGAGAAGAUAAUAGACGGAAAACUUACGGAGGAAGGGAUAAGUUUUAAGCUCGAAAAGCAGCUGCCGCAGAUAAUCGAGGACAAUAUUCAAGAUUUUUGUGUAGAGUUGAUGGGGUAUGGUGGGUUUUGUGAGAAGGAUUUCAACGAACUUUUCUGGGCGGUUCAUCCGGGUGGGCCCGCUAUAUUGAACAAGCUGGAGAAAAAGCUCGAGCUUUUGCCGGAAAAGCUGAAAUCGAGUAGGAGGGCUUUAAGUGAUUAUGGGAAUGCUAGUAGUAAUACUAUUGUUUAUGUGUUGGAGUAUAUGUUGGAAGAGGCAAAGAAUUUCAAGAACAAGGGGCAAAAUGGUAAUUGUGAGUGGGGGUUGAUUCUUGCUUUUGGACCUGGGAUUACUCUUGAAGGGAUUCUUGCCAAGAAUCUCACUGUGUGAACUGUGUGUGUGUGUGUGUGUGUGUGUGUGUGUGUGUGUGUGUGUGUGCGUGUGUGUGUGAAAUCAAGAUUGCUGCAUCUUUAAAUUACUUGCUAAGAAGUCCAUCAAUGAAGUUGUUUUUAAGUUGA